AUGGAGGAUCAAUUGCGCAAGGUGCUCUCAGAGAUCGAAGCUCGCGCUGUCAGCUCACAACGCGAACUGACCAGUGUCAAGCAGGCCCUCGUCCAGAAGCAGCGUAUCGCCAAGACCAUACAGCUCACGCUUGCAGAGAUUGACAGUCUGCCGAAAGAUACACCAUUGUACCAGGGUGUUGGCAAGAUGUUUAUGCUUGCUGACGAGACGACGCUACAAUCGAGGCUGAAGGAGGAGAAGAAAUCAACAGAGGAUGAAGCAAAGGCGCUUGAGAAGAAGCAUGAGUACUUACUCAAGACGUACGAGAAUGCGCGGCAACAUAUACAAGCGGCUAUGCAACGUCAAGCGACGUAG